CAAGGCGACACGAAAGAUGACAACAGUCCCCUCUAGUGGCUGGAUGUGGAAUGAUGACAGCAACACUUUGGAGUUUAAAGGGUUGGCUGAUGUCUGCAUCUUGACCACUAGAGGGCGCCAAAGCUCAAGGAAGAGCCUGAGUACAGCCCGUUUGAAUGCAUACAGGACAUCUGUGCUGCAAAAGCAAGGCGAUCACGUCACUAUUGAUGACGUCAAACAGGUGGCUGUGGCUUUGCUCCAGGAAAACUAUUCACUGCCAAUCCCGCUCUGCUUCAUGGCGUUACUGAAGAGGAAAGAGCUUGAUGAUGUCCUGACUGCGCUUCUUCUUUACGUGUCUUAUUAUAUUGAGCACCGCAAAGCAGCUCAGACGUCAUUGUUUUUGGAGACAAACACUGAUCAUCAAAAGGUGGCAAAGAUCCAGGCUAAAAAGGAGAUUGCCCAGAAGAUACUGGCUGUCCAUUACUUCAGUCUGAUCAUGGACCUGGUUGUGGCUCAAGGCAUGCAGCAUUCGCACACAGCAUUUCAGAAGGGCCAGAUGGGAGUGAGCAAAAAUGAAUGGCUUCUGCAUGCGUGCCUAUACAGCUUCUUCUGCUGUGUGGCCUGGGUGGCGUUUGGCCGGAAGUACAUGAGCAACAUUCAGGAGGAAGUGGGACGACUUUUGUACUCGGACGCCUUUAACACGGCCGUGAGGAACACAACCGAGGAAACGAGCUCAUUUGCCUACAAUGGUUCCACGGUGGUGCACGACUCUCAGGGCAAACGAAGAAGCACACACGGCCAACGCAUGUUCAAGAGGCAUCCAGCACUGAGCAAGACAGCUAAUCAGCGCUCCCCACUGAUGGUGUGUCUGCUGCCCACACCAAAAGAACAGUCACCCCAUCUGUUCUCUGGCAGCAGGGCCAGAGGGUUGAGUCCAGUGCGGACCGAACACUUUGACAACAAGGUCCUAACGGAGGAAGUCAACCAGCAGCUGGCCAGUGUCAAAUUUGGCAUUCUGGGCAAGCCUCUCAAUGAGUUCAACCCCAGCACCCUGCUAAGCAAGGAAGAAGAAGAGGGAAACAACAGAUUUGGAUAGAACAAUUUUUUAUAUAUUAUCACACAACUCUUAUGCUUAAGGGCCGUUGCUAUAGUUAUUAUCAAUUGUGCUGAAAUUUUAUUUUUCUUUGUCUGUGCAAAGCUGGCAAUCCAAAAGAUUGCAAACCAGUCUCGUAUCAGUGUUUGUUUCCAGAAUCGGCCUGCUGACUGCCAAGGCCGAACAUCGAGUACCAUGGCGCAGACAGAGCAGAGACAAGGCGAAAUCACGACUGUCAGCACAUUUGCAUUUUUGUAUAAUCAUAUAUUGUGUCUAACUGUAGCUGUCGAGAUUACCCCCUUCCCUCAGCGACAGCUUCAGUGAUGUAACCAGGCACCUCCCAAACAAAUAGAGGAAGCACGUGGGCUGGACUUUUAGAACGUAGUUUGGAUCUGUAACUAGAGUACAGCCCAAAUAACGUCUUUCCUCAAUUGAACAAAAUUUAACUCUG